GAGCAUUCAGAUCUCUACUUAAUAUUUUAGACAUGACUUAACUUUUUUAUUUUUGUUUUAUUUGUGGUCACACUGCAGAAAGAGAAGUAUGCGUUAAUUGUAGCACUUAAUUCUGUAAAAAUGACGUUAUGUUGAGGUUGAUAGGGGGCAUCCUCUCUUACACUUUCCUUCUAUGUUGAAGCAUGUACUUGCUUUAAUGAUUUUCGACAUCUUUCAUCUUUAUUAUCUGCAUGGUAUACUAUUAUUAUGGUAUAGUUAUUAUGGGACAGUGUUGCCAUGGUUACGUGAGAUUUGUGUCGCAUUGCCUUGAAAGUCAAGUUCAGGAUUUCACGUGAAGCUUGAAUGAGACGUGUGGUGAUGAGGCUGCUGGGGAAGACUUGAGGGAGAUCCUGUUCAAGUUUGAAAUCAAUGACAAGGGAAGUCAAAUGGAGCAAAAGUUAACACGUGUGCACUUGUAACACCAUCACACUGAACUCUUCAUUCAGGUUUCAGCUCUGAGAAACGAAGUGGCUUCACAAUAAAGCCGAACACAUAAAGUUGAAUUCCAAAAUGGUUGCGGAGGUUGUUGUUGCACUGUCGCCUGUUGUCAUGUCCCCCCGGUGCCUGUAGUAGUGCUGUAAGAAGCCUCGAUCCGGCGACCAAACCAACACCCUGUGCUCCAUGUAUACGCGCACUUUUAAUCAAAAUAACCGACAUCCAAACGCGCGCGACUUUCGCCCAAAGGUGCGUGCGAGACCGAAAUCAGGACCAACGCCGGAUAUACGCGGAGAAUACGCCUCGGGAUUAAGCCGGUCAUCCGUAAUAGCCGUCGAUAGUGGGUGAAAAAGCGAGCCUUGUCCGGCUAACGCUAACGCUAGCGGGCUAAGCUAAAACCGGAAGCGAGCAGCUGGCGCAGCACCGGAGUCGGAGUGAGUAGGAAGGCCGCGCGAGUGCGAGGUGGAGCGGGUUGCUUGCUACGCGACUCGGGAGGAUUCCGUAGGCCUACGUACGUCUCAUACAUUUUUAUCCAAAGUGGACAAGAGUUCUGAGAGUUCAGCUCUGGUUAUUUGACUUCCUAUUAAUAGAGCUGAUGUUUCAGAGCGUUUCAGCCCUGGGAUGUAUGAAGGGAAACACAUUCACUAUUCGGAGGUGGACCACAAGCCUCUGUGUUCAUACAGCCCAAAGCUCUGCAAACAGCGCCGGCUUAACGGCUACGCUUUCUGCAUUCGGCAUGUUUUGGAGGACCGGAGCGCCCCUUUCAGGCAGUGUGAAUAUGUAGCCAAGUACAACAGCCAACGCUGCACCAACCCCAUCCCUAAGACCCAAGACCGCAAAUUUUGCAGCAGUCACCUGCAAGUUAUGGGUGUCCUGCCAAAGAAAGAGAGAAAGAAGAAACAAGACACUCUUGAAUCUCUGGCCCUCAACAUCACUGUGCCCUCUCUGGCUCUGAAAGCUACUAAUGACCUGGACCACUUACUCCCAUCUUCACCCUCCUCACUUACUCGCCUGCUCCCGUUGGACCCCUAUGCCUUCUUCAAGGUUGAUAAGGUGAAGAAAGAAGGCCCUAACUUGGGGAAGAAAGUCACAAACCGCUCAUUUAAUCCUAAACAGAAACAUAAAGAUCACGCCGUGGCCCCAGCCAUCUCCCCACAUUCCAUCUCUCUUCUUUCUCAACAGGCUGUAGGACCUCCCCAAGCUCCUUUAGUAUCCAAAUCCCCUCUUAUAUCCAUCUCACAACAUCCAAAACCUAAAUCAGGGCCAAUAUGCACAACAGCUUCUGCUCAGGCUGGUCAUCAUACCUUGACCACCACCAAUCCCAAGCCAGAGAUACAUCCAGAGCUUGUUCUCGCCAAGAAAGUUGUACCUCCAUCUCUAAGCAGUGCAGGCAUGCUUAUGGGCACAGCAAAGGAUCCGAGAGCACCAGUACAACAUCAGGCUCCAUGUUUGCUGCAGCUUCACAGGCUGAUGGAGCAACAGAGAAGAAAGCAUGAAGAUCUGAGGCCUCAUUUCGAGCUGGACUGGUCCGAGGACAGCGGAGAGGAGGAAGAGAGUCCUGUGGAGAAUGUGACAUUGUCUAAGUAUCAGAGCCCGCAGGACAAAAGUUCUGUUGGUUCUGGUUCCCGUGGGGAACGGCUGGCGGGGCUUUGCGGCUGUUUGAGGCAAAGAUACAGACAAAUGCACAGGGAGGAAAGAGGCUUCAGGAGAGAGAGGAAGUCCCAGCACACUCUCCGCAAAGCUUUGCUUCAGGCGGCCACACACGACCCUGAUCACACUGCUCAAAUAAUUCAGCAGCGUCAUACAGAAAUUUCAGCAACCUCAAGUACUGCAGGCAGCUCAGACUCAGGACUGUGUGUGGCCCAGGUUAACGGCAAAGCCUGCACUAACCACUCCUUGCCUUUCACCAGACACUGCCUCCAACAUAUCCUGCAGAAUAGGUCACAGCAACUGUUCUCAAGCUGCACUGCACGUUUUGCGGAUGGGGCACAGUGUUCUGUCCCAGUCUUCGACAUCACACAUCAGACACCACUCUGUCAGGAGCAUGCCAAGAAAAUGGAUAACUUCCUUCGUGGAGACGUCAGCCGCAGAACGUAUCAUCACCAGCAGCAGCUGCAGCAACGCCGGCGGCUGAAGAAGGCCAAACUUCCGGCACUGAGCAAAAAACACAAGAAGAAGGGCAGAAGAGGAGCAGUACGCCGCCCUCAGAAACCCAUCCCCCCCGCACUGCCCCAGGGUAACCUGGGAAUGCCCUCUGUCCUGUGCCUACCGACACAACCCACUGGGAUGAGGAGUCCCUUGACCCCUGAUCUGAGUGCUGAUGAGCUUCCGGAUGACAUCACUAGUGACAUCAGUGACAUUCCUCAUGACCUGGAGCUGAAUCAGGAAGAUUUCUCAGAUGUUCUGUCUCGAUUCCCAGACGACCUGCAAGACUUUGAUCUGUUUGAAGGUAAGCAAAGUGAGCUCUUACCUACGUCAGAGGAGGCUGAGGAGCUGGUGCGGGUCCUGCAGGACAUGGGGUCCUACCCAGAAUCCCUGGCGUGCCUGAGCAGUAUAGCUGAGCUCGGGCCGGUGGAGGGCUCAGACUGCCGUGGGAUGGAGGGUGGCGUCAUGGACCUGCUCGGUGCUCGUCUAUCAGCUGAGACCCUGUCCAGUCUGGAGCUGGACCCUAGCCUGCUUCCUACUACAGAGGACACCUUCCCCCCUUCCCCACGUUCCCCCCCUUCUUCCAUAAGUCACCUGAGAGACAGCACGCGUCCACAGAGGCGUCACUUAGCACACAUUGAUGACUCCAAAGAUGAUCUGGUGGACGAGGACGUGUCCCACGGCUCCUGGGGCGUCCUCACUCUGCCUCUCAGCGAUUCGACUCAACUCCACAAUCUCAUCACCUCAGAUGGCCUGCUCAUGUCCACAGCAUUGUCCACACCACCGACUCCCAUGCCAACAGCCCCUUGCCAACCCACCGCCACGCUUUCCGCCCUACCCGAGAGCAGCCUAACCAUCCCAGUCACGUCCUCUUCCUCUUUCUCACCCCGGGUGGACUUCCUGUUCCCAGGGCAGCUCAGACACACACUCCCCUCUCUGUUCAGCCACUGCGGAAUUCCUGCUGACCUGCAGCCUCACCACAGCGCUCCAGCGCCCACUAUGGACCAGACCUAAGAGGCCAUCUGGAACAAUUACAAGUGCACAUCUCUUAGUAUUCAGGGAAGGUUUUCAUUUUAUAACUUGCAUGGGUUCUUCAGCUUAACUACUCUACUACUCUAUCUUCCCAUAUCCUGAUGGGUUUUUUUUUUUUUUUUUGGUCACUUGCACACCCCA